AUGUCAAACAUCCCAAUAGUGGAUGUGGCUGCCCAACUGAACCGGAUGGAGGAACGUAUCCUACGUGAGCUGCGAGAUCUACGUGCAGAGUUAACUCGAGAAAACAGGAAUAACUUCGUUAGAAUGAUUAAUUCUAAAGUCACCAGUGAUACUACGGCCUUGGAGGAACUACUUGGUCAAGACGGUCAACCAAUUCAAAACUUUCCGGAGACGUCUGCCCACAUUCAUGCCAUGGAUAGUGUAGCUGUCAACAAUCUUCUCGUUGCCCUUGGUUUGCCAGUAGGGGGCAGGGUCGAUGUUCGAAAGAACAGAAUUCGUCGACAUAUUGGUCCUCUAUUCGAUACCCAACGAGAUAGUUUACCGCACAUAAUCAAAAUUGGUCUCUUGACACGUCGGGUGUUUACCACCUCACUGAAAAAGAGUACCGAUAAGCCAUCUGGCAUUGGGGAAGGUUCUCAUGGUCACUACCAACUUGCACGAAGUGUUUCGGAGCGUGGAAACGACACUGUAAUUAUGAACAUGCAAUAUGAGUUCCUCAAUAAAAAGCUCGAUAGUAUGGAGUUGCACCUCAACGAUAAAUUCAACUCAAUGGUCAAAAGGUUCGAAUCAAUAGACAAAAGGUUCGAUGGGGUAGAAGCAAGGUUCAAUGGAAGGGUUGAAGCGCUAGACAGGAAGAUGACCACUCUAUUCUUAGCACUUGGGGCCCUGGUCUUGGCUACUACUGCAUGGGUGCGUUUCUUUGUUUUUCAUCAGGUUGCUUGUUUACCGAACAGACCUCUGGAAUUAUAA